AUCCCCACAUUUGAUUAAAAAAUCCCCCAACAAGAACAUCUCCUUCUUCUCCUCAACCUCUGCCUUGCUUACCCUGCAUCCAUCCAUCCGCCAUGAAUUUCAUCGUGGAGAAACUCAUGCUUUUCAUUUCCACUGCCCUCAAUUACCGUGCUACCCUUUUCUCCCCUGGCCAUUAUCAUCAUGACCUUACUUUCAUCAUCCGCCAGAACAGCACGCCACCCAACCAAGUCUACGACGCCGCCGAGCUCUACCUACCAUCCAUCGAGUUGAUCAAUCCCUCCACUCGUACUAUCGGCGUCAGCAAAACACCGCGGCAAGAAGCUGUCAAGCUUGCCAUGGAAAGCGGUGAACAAGUCGCCGACGCCUUUGAGGGCAUUAACCUUAAGUGGCAUUACGUGGUCAAAACACUCCCGAACUGCCGUAUAGAACGUCAAUUUGAGCUUACGUUCCACAAGAAACACAAAGACAAAGUCAUGACUUCCUACUUGCCCUAUGUGGUUGCUCGGGCUGAAGCCAUUAAGGAAGAGAAAAAGAUUCUCAAACUUCGUAGCGUUAACUCACCAUCACGGGUGGAUCUGGAGCACCCAGCCACGUUCGAGACGAUCGCCAUGGAGCCCGACCAGAAGACAAAGAUUAUAAAGGACUUGGACAGGUUUGUGAGGAGGAGGGAGUUUUAUAAGAAGGUGGGCAAGGCUUGGAAAAGAGGCUACUUGUUGUAUGGCCCUCCUGGCACUGGUAAAUCCAGCUUGAUUGCAGCCAUGGCUAAUCAUCUCAAGUUUGACGUGUAUGAAUUGGAGCUUGAUGGUAUUUACAGUGACUCUCAAUUGAAGAGCGUGUUACUGUCCACUGCAAAUCGUUCUAUUUUGGUCAUUGAGGAUAUUGAUUUCGGCGCCAUUAAUGCGCGAAACCGAAAGUGCGGGAUCACGCUCUCAGGCCUGCUAAACUUCAUGGAUGGUCUGUGGUCGAGCUGCGGUGACGAGAGAAUUAUUGUGUUCACAACAAACCACAAGGAUCGGCUUGAGCCUGCAUUGCUGCGUCCUGGUCGAAUGGACGUCCACAUUCACAUGUCCUAUUGCACUCCUCAUGCGUUUAAGGUUUUGGCCUCCAACUACCUUGGCGUUCAGGACUUGGACCGUGAUCCUCUUUACGGAGAAAUCGCGGGGUUGCUAGAGAGCACAGAGGUCGCCCCUGCUGAGGUUUGUGAGGAGCUAUUGAAGAGAGAUGAUGAUGUUGACGAUGAUGAUGUUGAUGCUGCUCUCCAAGGAGUUGUUAAAUUUCUCAAACUCAAGAAGCUUGAAAGGGAUAAUAAUAAUAUUGAUAAACCAGAAUUUCAAGAAGGAAAAAGGCAGGAUAUGGAUGUCAAUGUUAAUGAUGACGACAGUGAGAGCUCAAGCACCUAAAAUAAUCGACCACAGCUUUAUCUAGCUAGGCAGUAGAAUAAGUUGCAUCUUCCGAUGGCCUAGCUAGUCCCGUUGGCUCUAAGUACUUUUGUAUUUGGUUUUGUUUGGUGUUGUGUUUCUCCUUUUUGUUUGGCUAUCCUUGUUAUGGUUAUUAUAUGUAAUAGUUACUUGAACUUUUUUCUAGUUUAAUGCUAUGACAUUGGAUGUCAGUUCAAUUAA